CAUAACUAUAUAUAUAUUUCUUCUUCACUCUUCCCCUUUGAUCCAUGUUCUAUAGGUCAAAAACCUAAAAAAAUAAUUAUAAAUAGAAAAUGUCAUUCGACAUGACUUUUUCUUCUUCAUCUUCCUCAGAACGCCUUUGUUACUUGCAGUGUAAUUUUUGCAACACUAUUCUAGUGGUUAGUGUUCCAUGCAGCAACAUGUUAACCUUAGUGACAGUAAGAUGUGGGCAUUGUGCAAAUAUGUUUUCUGUUAAUAUUGGAUCUUUAAUUCAAGCUCUCCCCCUUCAAGAUGUACAAAAGCUGCAAAGGCAACAGUACACAAAUGUUGAAAAUAAUUCUAGUAAUUAUAAAGCUUAUGGUUCUUCAUCAUCAUCAUCUUCCUCCAAGUUCAACAGAUAUUCUUCCAUUGUUUCUCCUGAAUUUGAACCUAGAAUCCCUCCGAUUCAUCCACCAGAAAAAAGACAACGUGUUCCUUCUGCCUACAAUCGAUUCAUCAAGGAAGAGAUCCAAAGGAUAAAGGCCACCAAUCCUGAAAUUAGCCAUCGUGAAGCUUUUAGCACUGCUGCCAAAAAUUGGGCACAUUUUCCACAUAUUCACUUUGGACUUAAGCUGGAGGGCAACAAAUAGUGCAUCUUGAGG